CUGUGUACAGAGUCAGCAAACACUGCUAUCUCAAAAGCCUCUCCCCGACUGGCUCCUGUGCUGUCUGCAGCCACCAUGCCACCGCACUCUGCUCCAUCUCCUGCCACGUCUGCUGCUGUCGCUCUACCCUGUCCUGUUCCAGCCGCAGCUGGUGCGCUACCUACCCCAGCUCCGUCUACCAUCCCACCACCACUCCAUAGGAAGGACCAAGACGUCAGCCAGUGGAACUGCUCCCAAAACCAGAAGAUGUGGAUGAAAACGGAGAUGGAAUCUUUGGGACUUUGGCCAGGAUCUCGACCUGUACGACAUCUGAUGGGUAUGAUCUCCUUGUGGCGUCAUCCACCCCAACCAGAACUCAUAGAUCCAGUCUAUGAUAUGCCAUCUCCCAAGUACUUCCAGCUACAUCCAUUUUUCAUUUGGAAACCGGAGCAUGCAAUUAUGGAGAGAGUGAGGAACAAUUACAUUUUACCCUGCCUCUACGGCUGCUCCACUCCCCAUGUGGUUUCGGCAGGAGUUGGGCGACCCCGGGUCAUUAUUGGGACCAGCGGCCAGUACUACAUCUUGGCCUCUCGGCUGAACUGCAAAACAUGCAAGAGGUACUGGUUCGCUGACAAACCCCAGUGGAUGGAAAUGCUGCCACAACUCUUCUGCAACAUCCUGCCAGCAUUUCUCACCCACAAAAAAGCCAUCUGCAAAACGGUAAUGGAUGAGCUAUGUCGCACAGGGAGGUCGGCCACAGACAUGGCAAAUCAGCUGAAUGAGGCUCUGCACCUACGGUACGAGAGGGCACACCUUGCCUAUCUGUUGACUGUACAGAAUGUGCAGGAUGGUGACUCCGGCCUGUAUGGGCAGAAGACCAUCACAGGCACCAUGCGGAAGGACAACACCCCUGAUCCCUUUGGUACCUACGACUUGACCAAUGGCUGGUGUGGGGUAGCCAUCAGUCCCCGCUACCUAGUAGACUGCCUCGUACAUGAGUACCACCGUGGUGCUCUCAUCCGGAACCAUGUCCUCGUGAUGAAUGAGAACUGGAUGAUCCUGUCCUGGGUGAUGCUUCAGUCAGAGAGUGACCGGUCGCUGGAACCCAUGUACGAGGGGCUGUCUCAUCGCUACGACUCAGCUGGACUGCCGAAGGCAAAGUACCAGUGGGUGGACAGGGACUGCUGUGCUGAUUUCCGGAUCCCAAACCUUGACCCCCAGGAGCACCUCCACUGGGAUUCAUGGAAAACCACGGAAGCUGUGGUGACGGGGGCAACAUCUGGGAACCUGACCAACUCAUGUGCCUCCCGGGGAAAGUACAGCAGCGACAUCACUGUCAAACUGGACCUUUUCCAUUGCAUGCGGCGGUUCUCAAGGGAGUGCGUGUCAGAGCACCAUACACUCCACAGCACUUUCUGCCGGUUCCUCAGUGCUGCAUUCUGUGUGGUGGACCAGACUGACCUGCAGAGGCUGACGGAGGCAUACGCCUUCUGUGGGAUCAGGCCUGCCAAUCCCACAAAGCAGCAUAUCCGGGAACACUGCCGGACCAAGGUACCACAACCUACAGAGCUGCUGGAGAGAGUGGAGAGCGUCCUCAAACAGUUCUUCCUAGAGACAGAUCCCAAUGGUGUCUACCUCUUCAAGCCGUCCAUGCUAAAGCUGUGGAGACUCCAGAGGGUGCACAUCCUGAGAGGCUGCCUGAGUGAUCCAGAAGAGGAGGACGGGAUCCUUUACAGACACGGAGGAACAGUGCAGCUCAACCACGUCAAGGGUGAAGGAGCAGCUGUCCCAGUGUGGAUCCCUGUGAGAGGCACCUCCCAACAGGAGGGUUUCCAUGCGCAUCAGGCACGGUGGAUCACAGGCAACUGUGUUUCCUCCGAGCUCUUCCAGGCUCAAGGCAUGAUGGGCAUGGCACGGUGGAACUUUCAGAGAUUGGUGGAUCUGAAGUUACCGGACGUGAAGCUACCUGCAGUCUUUGACCCAGUGCUCAUCAUGCAGCUGAACGUGGCAUCGGAGAGGGUGACCGGCCAUGCCAAAUACCCUGCACUGCAGUUGAGCCACAGAGACACAGGGGAGAGAUUUGGCCUGCAGUAUGUGGAGCCAGGCUGUCGCCCUGUGCCUCUGGACUGGUUCAAGAACAGGUCCCAGGGGGCUGAUGAAGAGGGAGCUGAGGAAGAGGAGGCUGACCGGGUGGUCGCCGACCAGCCCUUCAUCACGCCAGAAGACAAUGAUGACGUCUUUGGUGAGGCUUCUGGAGUCUUGCCCCAGACCACAGUCCAGCCAGUCCAAUCAACCUCCACUCAAGGUCUGCCAACGACACCUGCACUGCCCAUCACAGCAAACCCGCGUGCUGCUCGCACAAUGUCCAUCAAGGCAGGCGGGCUUCUGUACGUCUUGGACCAUUCCCGGUGGACAGAGGCCAUGAAGGAGGUCAUCGACGGCCUCAUAGGAAUCCACCAAGGGUCGAAGGAUUUCCUGCAGAGGGUGGACAGUGACUACGCUGGCUUGGUGCAGGCUGCUUCCCGUGAUCCCAAUAGCCUGUUGCAUCCAACAACAAAGCAACACAUUUCACAGUAUGUGAAGCAUUGGGCAAAGCGGACCAACGCCAGCACGUCCCUGAACACCAGCCCAGAGAAACUUCUGGAGACGCAGCAGCUGUGGCAGCACCUGACGGCAGAGAGUGAGACCAAGAGCGUGCCGGUGGUGACCAUACCACCCGCUGCGGUCAAUCCACCUGGGAGAGAUCCCCAGGAGGCCCCUCUGACCAAGGCUGCUAUCGAGGACAUGGUGCGGGACAUAGUCCAGAAGCAGACGGCACUGCAACAACAGCAGCAGCAGCAGCUGGGCAAAAAGAAGACGAGGAACUGUCUUGCCUGUGGCCAGCCGAAGUCGCGAUACCAGGGAGACGGUUCCUCCAUCCACCUCUUCUACCAGUCUGGGGAGGUCAAGUACUUUUACUGCUCACAAAGAGUCCACAAGCUCUAUGCAGCAGAAGGCCUGAAUGACCCCAGAAUGCCGUUUGAGGACUUUGCGGACACCCCUUUCUUUGGGAAAGAGCUUGAGGCAGCCAAGCUCAGGUCAGCAGAGGCACGGAGGUUGGCUGAUCUGCGGGGGAAACGGAGGGCGGCAGAACAGCAGCCCACCGGUCGGCUCUGCAAGUUCUGCCGCAAGCCCAUCAAGCAGGGGCCAGAAAGCCCCCAUGUGUACCAUUCGUUCCGGGGUGUGGCGGGCAGGUACAUUUACUGUCCUACCAGGGUGCUGUCCCUGUACAAGGCAGACGGAAUGAAUGCUGAAAUGACCUGGGGGGAGUUUCAACAAUCAGCCUUCUACAAGGCAGAGAAGAAGAGGUGGGCUGAGGAGAAGGGGAAGUAG